GGUGGCUUCGAGAAGCCCACAGGUGAUGACAGAAGCAUCUGUAAAGUCACAGCAGAUCAGGGGGUCUAAACCUUUUAAAACCCAACCAGCUUCCUCAGAUGGAAAACCUGUCGCCAUAGCUGUUACCAAGCCUGCUGCGAUGCCCACAAGUGUCAUUUCCGAUGAACCAGAGGAGAGUAAUCCACCUUCUGUGUUUAACAGUAUUGAUGCAUCAUUCCAAAUGAGACUGAAGGAAUUAGAAGAAAAACAAGAGUUGGAAGAAGAAGAACUUGAAGAAUUUGAGCUCCUAGAACAAGCGGCAGCAAAUGCUUCCUUUUCAUCCAACUCCUCAGUGGUUGUCAAAGUGUUGGCCAAAGCCAGAGGAGGAAGUGCACAGAUCAGUAAAAAUAACACAAUGCGAGGAGCUGGGAACAAGCCCGAAAACAGAGGUGCAGGUGGAAUUCUGAGCCCUGUUGACACAGGUUAUGGCAGUGGGGAUGGUAAAGGGGCUGUGUCAAUUGAUGAAUCAAGACGACUACCCGCGGUAGAAUUGAGAGAACCUCAUGAAAAUGAGAGUGAAGAUGACGAUAGUGAUGUGACUCUACAGGAGAUGAGUUUAGACAGUGCCUUGGAACUUGAUUCUGGUCAAGAUGAAAAGAGACAAGCAGCUGGAGACCUGCAAAAAGUCUUGGCCCCAGCUUACCUCAAUUCUCCCUCGACUGAGAGUGACAACGAGUUUAAUGACGAAGACACGUGGGCUGCAAUAAAGAAACAGGCAGGUACAGAAUUUGAAAAUGCGGAGAAGGGAGGAGAAGUCGACUCCGAUGACGACGACGAUGAUGAGGAUGACAGUGAUGUGACAAUCAGUGACAUAUUCCCUCUUGUAACCUCCACUCUGCCUGUUGCCCUAAAGAGGGGUCAGCCUCCAAAGAGCCAAGCAGCAGAUGCAAUUGAGGAUGAACGGAUGCUGGCUGCGUCGACCCCACCAACAUCAACGCUUGUUACUAAGCUGUUUCCCCAGCUGAAGCCGAAGCAGAAAGCUGCUCCGGCUGUCGCCAAACAAGCCACAAGUGAUGUUCCUAAUGCCCAGGGGCAGGAGGAAGAGCCUGUAGACACGGUUCAGAGUGCUGCGGUCAGGGAGAAGCUCAAAGAAUUGGAAGCAGAGAUUGAAAAGUUCAGGACUGAGAAUGCAGCUCUGGCCAAAAUUAGAAAAGAGCGGGAAGAGGGCUUGAAAAAGCUGCAAGCGGAAAUAGCUGCGUUUGAGAAACAGAAAACGGAUGAACUCGAACGACUAGAGCAGUUUAGGGAGGAAGAGAUGCGAAAGCUACGCCGCGAAAGACGAGUGUUUGAAAAGUAUCAGAAAGCUGCCCGUUCAAUGCCAGACAAGAAAGAACGCGAAGAGAUCGAGAGUUUACGAGAACAGAUGGCAGAUUUGCAAGAAGAACUUAAGCGACGCGAAUCUCGUUGGUCAGCGGCUUCUACACGUUCCCGCCAAAAGAUCGAGGUCUUGGAAGAACAGAACAAAGAACUUCAAGAAGAGGUGAAGCUUUUAGAACACUAUCGAUUGCAACAGUGGAGAGAAGAGGAACAAGCGAAGGCGAAAGAAGAAGAGGAGUCAAGACCGAAAAAACCUUUGCUGCGCAAAACUGCUAAGGCGACGGAAGAAGGUAACUUGAUACAUGAGCCAGGGCCCAAGCUCCCCGUGCGUCACCGAUCUCCUCCUAUGAGAGCAGCUCUUGCUGAAGUACUGCCCAGAUCUACUCCUGAAAAUGCUACCAUUGAUCCUGAGACCAGGCUACCAAGUGCUGCUAUACAACUUGAUAAAAAUAACAAUCAGUCAUCGAGUUCUCGCCAAGACGAAAAUACACCAUCAGAUGUACUUUAUAAUGAAAAGGAAGAAAUCAGCUCUGCUUUGAAGCCUGUGGAUGAUAACAAUCACGAUACAAUGAAAUCUAAACGAAGUCCUCGAAGAAGAAGCAAAACGCCAGAAAGAGGAGAAAAGUUUAAACGAAACGUUCAUUUCCAAGAUGAGGAAAAAUAUGAUGAGAAUAACGCAAGGGAAAGCAGCAAUUCAGAUGAAAGAAAUAGACAAGAUACAAGAGAAAUAGUGCAUCCUGAUGGAAAGGUGGAGAAAGUUAAUAGUGACGGCUCUCGUGUGAUCUCCUUUGCAAACGGGACAAGAAAAGACAUCAGUGUCGACGGCCAAACUAUCACUGUCACUUUCUUCAACGGAGAUGUCAAACAGAUCAUGCCGGACCAACGAGUGAUGUACUAUUAUUCUGACGUUCAAACAACUCAUACUACUUAUCCAGACGGGCUGGAGGUUUUGCAGUUUCCCAGCAAACAAAUUGAGAAGCAUUAUCCCGACGGGACUAAAGAAAUUAUCUUCCCAGAUCAGACGAUAAAGUAUUUGUACCCGAACGGAGCAGAGGAAUGUGUAUUUAGUGACGGUACUAUACAGAAAGUUAGCGUGGAUGGCGAACGAACCAUUGAAUUCCCAAAUGGACAAAGAGAGACACACACGAAAUUCUAUAAAAAAAGAGAAUACCCUGACGGGACAGUAAAGACGGUCUAUCCCGAUGGUCGCACAGAGACCCGUUACGCUUCGGGACGGGUGCGGGUCAAAGAUCGAGAGGGUCGUAUCCUCGUCGAUGCUCCUCACCAAGACAGAUAACAGUAGCUUCAGCGGUACUCCUCGGAUUGUCAAAGAAAAUGGCCUGACUUACUUACAAGACAAAAUUAAAUAACGUACCGUAUUAGUAGAGAAAUUUUGUGGGUCUUUGAGGUCGUGUUUUUGCGAUUGUGAAAAAAUCGCGAAAUUGAAGACCUAGGAAUAAAAGUCCUCGAAGAAUUUUAACAUGUGGAAUUGAAUCGCCCAUAAAAAAUUCAAAUCACCGGUAAAAAAAGAUCAACAUGUAAUAACCACAACAUAUUCAGAACAUGUGUCGGCAAAUACAAAAAUUAUAUACUGGUCUUACUGGUAAAUUCUAUGUUAGAUCUUCCGUUGUGAAAUGAAAUCUCCAUCUGAAUCGCCUUUAUUUGAAAAACCUCCUUCGAAUAUCUUUCGUGCAGUCGUCAAAUGUUACGACAUCUUGAAAAGUAAAAUGAAGUUGGGUAGGUUUGAUUCGCGAUAUUUAACGCUAUUGACUUUACAAUAGUAAAGCCCCGAGA